AUGGACUCGAGGCAGCUCGCUGAAUCCGUCCUCCUCCUCGGCACUUUGCUCUAUGCGACUCUCAAGAUCAAAACUGCACCUGACCCCAUAGACGUGCGCUUUGAUACUGCGGACUAUUUAACGUGGACUUGCACAGAAUUACUCGUCCUAAUAUGCGGCUGCAUAGCGUACAUGAUUUGGACACACACUACACUUGCUGGACCUUCUGUGGAAGGGGAUACCGACCCCACCUCGCCCUCAGCAGCCUCACCUCUAACCCGGACAAGCUUCGAAGGCCCGGGACGCGGGCUCGCGCAACGACCAUGGGCACCGCGCCUCCCUGAACGCUCCAAAGCAGACUUCGGUUUCAUCUUCAUGUCUGUGCCGAAGAAUUAUCGGGACUCCUUAGAUGACGGCGUCCUCACCGGCCUCCUUUUCGGACCGCUCAUAGCGACGUCCUUGCUUUACAUAUCCUUGCGCUCGGCCUCCGACCCCGCGACCGCCGCGAAUCCGCUGCCAGCGGCGUGGCGGAUAGAACCCCCAGCCACGCUGGGUAACGGGCUCGACGCGUACUCCGUCUCGGAGGCCAUUCUGUUGUCCCGCCUGAGCGUCGUUGACCUCGCUACCUUGUGCUCCUUCAUCCAUCUACUGCACGUAUGCGGUUCGUGGUGGUGGGAAAGCCGGUUCACAGUCGGCGGUACUCCAUCCCCGGAUGGCGAGAGGCGCUCAGUCCCCCGAAGCGAAGGGCGACGUGGCUGGUACUAUGUACUGUUCACCGUGGCGACCACACUGCUUGCCUUCGUUUUGAGGAUCGCCUUCCCGUACUUUGGGUGCGGCAUUUGGCAAAACCUCAACAUAUUGGAGGCCGUGGUAGCUGCGUUGUUUUACCAGUUUGCGCAGUAUGUCGUUAUCCGACUCGCGCACCGUGGCUUCACGCUGGGCGAGACCGGACUCGUAUGCUUCGGUGGUACAUCCCUGCUCAUGGAGCUGCUCAACGUCACCAUAGCACGCAUCUGGCCCGUCACCACCACCUACAUCAAGACCUACCGGCUGCCCACGCCCCUUCUCGUCUUCCAAAUCGCCCUCGUAGGCGGCUCCUUCCUCGUUGGCUUCGCCCUCGCCCCCUUCCUUGUACUCUCCCGCCACAUCGCGCGCCGCCCCGUUCGCCGCCUGCGCCACCCCGAGGAGAAGAACCGGCAGCGGCGCUUCCUCGCCCUCGGCUUCUAUAUCGGCGCCUUCCUCAUCGUCUUCGGGCUCAUCGGCGUGUGGGCACGGUGGUGCCUGGGCAAGCGCGAUCCCUGGGUGUGGGCCGCGUUCUAUCUGUUGGAGGGACGAAGACCGUGGAGCAGACCUGCGCUGCUGGCGUAUUGGGGCGUGCUGGGGCUGUUGAGCGUGGCGGGGUGGAACCGGCAGCUGGCGCGGUCGAGGAGGUAUCGGAGCAUGAACGAAGCGCUGUCGGUGCCCGGGGCGGGCGGGGUGGAGCGAGAGGCUAUUGCGCCGCCGAGUGGGCGGGACACGUCGGGGACGGCGAGCGGGGGGGAGGCGGUGCCGUCGGUCGCGCCGAGUCUGAACCAGAUCGGCCUUUUCCCGAACGUGGCGCAGUUGACGCAGCUGCCGAACGGCGCGUCGAGCGUGGCGACGGAUAUCCUGGACGCAGCGGACAAGCACGUGCCAACGCUGAGGCUGAACGCGCGGAGGAAGUUCUUCCACGCGCUCGCGGUCGUGAUGUUCGUGCCGGGGAUUGCGCUGGAUCCCGCUUUCACGCACCUCGCGUUCAACGUCGCCUUCGCGCUGUUCAUCUUCGCGGAAUACGUGCGCUACUUUGCAUUGUAUCCGUUCGGGGCGUCGGUGCACCUCUUCAUGAACGAGUUCCUGGAUAGCAAGGAUAGCGGGACGGCGAUCCUGAGCCACUUUUAUCUGCUCACUGGCUGUGCGAAUGCGCUGUGGUUCGAAGCGCCGUCGCAGCUCAUCUCGUUCACGGGCGUGCUGGUGUUGGGGAUUGGGGAUGCCCUGGCAUCGAUCGUUGGCAAGCGUAUCGGAAUCCACCGCUGGACACCCCUCACGCCGAAGACGACCGAGGGUACGGCCGCGUUUGCAUCCUCCGUCGUCCUCGCUGCAUGGCUGCUUCGGCUCCUAGGGAUUGCAGAGCCUUUCUCGACCGUACGCUACACCAUCAUCGCCGCCAUCUCUGCGGUCCUGGAGGCGCUAUCGGACCAAAACGAUAACCUGACGCUCCCGUUAUAUAUGUGGAGCUUGUUGGUGUUGAGCGAUGUGUGA